UCUGAGCUACAGGCCUGCAGCAAGAUCAGCACUUUGCUUUGGUCCUUCCGAAAUCUGGCUCUCUUGAUACAAUUGAGGGAUUUCUACAUAUGUUUUAGAAAUCACAGGUCUCAACAAAAAUGAGUGAGACUCCUUCCACUAGUUUUUCCGUGAUUCAUCCGAGUUCUUCUGAAGGUCAAGUUCGUUCUCCUCGCCAUUUAAGCAUCACUCAUCCUGUUGUGGCCAAACGUAUCAGCUUCUAUAAGAGUGGGGACCCCCAAUUCGGCGGGGUCAGAGUGGUGGUCAACCCUCGUUCCUUUAAGAGCUUUGAUGCUUUGCUGGAUAACUUGUCCGGGAAGGUGCCCCUGCCUUUCGGGGUGAGGAACAUCAGCACUCCUCGGGGAAGGCAUAGCAUCACGAGGCUGGAGGAGCUGGAGGACGGUGAGUCCUACCUGUGCUCCCACGGUAGGAAGGUGCAGCCUGUGGACCUGGACAAGGCCCGCCAGCGACCCCGGCCUUGGCUCAGCAGCCGUGCCUCCAGUGUGCAGACACAGGGCCGCCCUGUGGCCGCUGCAGCCCCCGGCUUGCUGCGCGCCCCGCGGCGGCUAGUGGUUUUCCGGAAUGGAGAUCCGAAGACCAGGUGCGCGGUCGUCCUGAACAGGAGGGUCACACAGAGCUUUGAGGCCUUUCUGCAGCACCUGACACUGGUCAUGCAGUACCCGGUAGCCAAGCUGUAUGCCACGGAUGGAAGGAAGGUUCCCAGUCUCCAGGCAGUGAUCCUGAGCUCUGGAGCUGUGGUGGCAGCAGGAAGGGAGCCAUUUAAACCAGGAAAUUAUGACAUCCAAAAGUAUUUGCUUCCUGCUAGGUUACCAGGGAUCUCCCAUCGUGUGCAUCGGAAGGGAAAUGCUAAGUCAGAAAGCAGAAAGAGUGGUAACUGGAAAGUUUCCAUAAUCACCAGUGACUUGCCAAAUGCAGGGACCAGCUCACAGAUUUACAUUGUAUUAUAUGGACAACAUAGAAGUUCAGCCCCCAUAUAUCUUUAUGGAACAGAUGGGGCUAGAUUUCAGGAUGGCCAUGAAGACAUCUUUACUAUUAAAGUUGGAGACAUUGGAACAGUCUUUAAAAUUCGUAUUGGUCAUACCAACUCAGGCUGCUUCCCUUCCUGGCACUGUAAGAAGAUACAAUUGCAGAACAUGAAUUCUGGAGAACAAUUUUAUAUACCUGUACAGCGAUGGCUGGCACGAGAUCAAGAGGAUGGGGAAAUCUGCCGAGAAUUCCCUCUUUUAAAUAAAGGACAACCCAUCCUUCCAGUGACAAGAUAUGAAGUGUUUGUGGCAACAGGUGAGCUAUGGAAUGCUGGAACAGUAGCUAAUGUCUACAUUUCUAUCUAUGGGGAAAAAGGAGACACAGGAUCCAGACAACUAUUUAGAUCAAAGAACUCCUUUAAUUUUUUAAGAGGACAAACUGAUGCCUUCUUCCUAGAAGCUGUACACCUCGGAGAUUUAUACAAGAUUGUAAUUGGCCAUGAUGGACUUGGCCCAGGAAAUGGCUGGUUUCUUGAUGAUGUUGUGGUCAAGGAUCCCACAAAAAAUCAUGAGUAUGCCUUCUUCUGUCACAGGUGGCUGGAUCAAGGGGAAGAUGAUGGUAAAAUUGUCAGAGAACUGUAUGCCAGGACUAACAGUAUCUUUUCUGCAAGGAAGAAGCUAGAACUUCAGAGAAAAGAAACAUGGGCUGCAGAAAGCUGGAAGUUUAUGAAAGGAAAUACCCUUCGGUUCUACAAUAGGCUGACUGGAGGAUUUGUCCGUCUGCAUCCAGAUGGCACAGUUGAUGCCCUUGGAGAGAAGACAGACAAAUAUGGUCUCUUUGAUGUUAUUUUCAAUAAAGGAAAUAUAUGCAUUUUCCAAAGUCAUGAGAUGAGGCAUCUUUCUCUUGCGCUUGACAAUGGCUUUGUCACGGGAAUGCCUAGCGGUGGAGCCUCCACUGAGCUGCAGGUGCUUUAUCAGCCCAGCCGCCGUGCACUUCUUCAGUCAGCAGUGAUUCCUGGCCAAAUGGUGAUUUUUGAUCGUCAUGGAAAAGUAGCUGAUGAGUCAUCAGGAGGCUAUGCAAAUCUUUCAAAAGAAUUUGUGAUUUUUGUCAAGGGGGUGUUCCUCAACAGUGCUGUGGUUCUACUUGCUACAAGUGUGUGCCAGGCCCUGUGUCUCCAGCCUGAUGGGACCUGCACUGGCGCAGGAAACCAUUCUGAAAAAUCCUACUGGAAAGUGCAUAAAAUCAGCUCUGGGAUUUGCAUGUUUGAAAGUGUGAAAAAUGCACGGAUGUAUCUGAGGAUCAAGGAUGGUCGGUGUGAUGGCACAGGUACUGGAGAUAUUGACUGUCAUUUUAAAAUUAAGAACAACUUGGAAAAUGCAUCCAUAAGCCUAGAAUCCACAAGGAGCCCAGGGUUGUUUGUUGGACUUCAACCAGAUGGUCUGGCAAAACCUGUAAUUUAUACCAAGGAUGAGAAUGUUUGCUUCUACCCCCAAGUCAUCCAAUUUGGCAGAAAAAACCCAAUGGGGAUGUCUGCAACUACCAGCCAAGGGGAAGGAAAGAUCCAUGAGUCACAAAACCAGAAUGUAAUGCCAUCAGAACCUGAGGCCGGAGAUCUCUUACCUUCUUCAACUGCAAAAGAAAUCAGACUUUCCCAGAGCAGUGAGACUCUUCUGUCUGAAGAUGAAUGGAAGGUGAUAGUGCUGACGGGAAAUACAGGGACUCAGGCCAAUGUCACACUCUGGGUAUAUGGAGAUGAAGGAGUCACUGGACCAAUAAGUCUUAACAAGGACAACCCAGAGCAACUCUUCCUUCCAAGACAGGAGGAUGAGUUUCAGGUUGAAAUAAGACGGAUUGGAGAGAUAUAUAAGAUAAGGAUAGGACAUGAUGGAACUAGCGGGCAACCCGAGUGGAACCUGCAGAGGGUAACUAUGCAGCACAUGAGGAGCAAGAAGAAGCUAGAUUUUGUAGCCAACGUGUGUCUUUCUGGGAUCCGAGCAGAUGGGGACAUUGUCUGUGAGCUUCCUGUAAUCAAAGAUGGACAACCUAUUUUUCCAUUGGUGAGAUACCAUGUUGAUGUCUAUACUGGACUGUUAAAACAAGACAAAACGGAAUCUGAGGUCUCCCUCUGUCUUUAUGGGGAAAGGGGAGACUCUGGUCUUCGGCUGCUGCGCAAAUCCAACAUGCCCAUGAGAUUCCAAAGAGGACAGAUUGAUAAAUUUCAAGUCGAAGCAGUGUCGCUCGGAAAGCUGCAGAAGGUGCUAUUGCACUGUGAGGCCAGUGACAAAUCACAGUACUGGUACUGUGACAAGGUCAUAGUCCGAGAGCCCAGUACACCAUCCGAGUUUGUCUUCAUCUGUGAGAGAUGGCUUCCCUUCAUGUCUCAGGGCAUAAUUCAUUCAGAAAUUGAACUUUACCUUCAAGAAAUGCAAAUAAAUCAUCAACCUAAAAUACAAGAGGAAGCAAAUGAUGGAGACUGGAAGGUAACUGUUGUCACUGGGGAACUUGAAAAUGCUGGCACCACAGCAACAGUAUCCCUUUAUGUCUAUGGAGAAACAAGAUGUUCAGGUCCUAUUAUUUUGGGAUCUGGGAAACACCAGCUGUUUAGCUCCAACAGUGCAGAUAUGUUCAAGAUUAAGCUUAAAGAUAUUGGUGAAAUCUAUAAAAUACGCAUUGGACAUGACAAUAGUGGAAAGGAUCCAAGGUGGUAUUUGGAAGAAGUGAGACUUGAAAAUCUGGUCACAAAUGAGCUAUUUUGUUUAACAGUUGAUUCCUGGAUAGCCGAGAAUGAAAAUGAUGGAGAUACAUGGAAAGAAGUGCCCAUUGUGAGAACUAAUAAAGCUCCAUUACCAGUGGUGGUUUAUGAAAUUCGCAUAUACACUGGCACAAAGUCAGGGGCAGAAACAGAGUCUAAUGUAUUUAUCAACCUCAUCGGCACCAGAGGAGAUUCAGGGAAUCGGAAACUUCAUCAAUCCAAAAGCAACAAAACCAGGUUUCAGCGUGGACAGAUUGAUAUAUUUUCCAUUAAGGCAGUGUCUCUUGGACAAUUGAGGAAAGUUCUGAUUACUCAUGAUGGCACAGGUCCAGGUAAUGGAUGGUUUCUCAAGAGUGUUGUUGUUAAGUCUGAAGAGGAAGAUAGCAGUCAGGAGGUGCUGUUUCCAUGCAACAGAUGGCUAGAUGAGUACCAAGAUGAUGGCAAGACACAGCUGGAAUUGCUUGCAGAAAAUAGCCAUGGUGAAGGCAGAGGGACAGGACAAACCACCUCCUGAAAGGGGACACUUGGGGUCAUCACUCCGCUGAGCUUCAAGUGGCUAUGAUCUGAUCAUGAGCAUGCAUUUGCUUGGACUGAAGCAUACACUUAGGAGGGUCAGUUCAGGCUGGACACAUUCUCUGCUUUUGAGAACUUCAACCAAUGAUUGACCAGGAUCAGCCUAUGAUAUCUGGACUGUGCAUAUUACUAUUUCUUUCUUCUUCCUUCUUCUCCCUUUUCCAACUUCCCCUUCCUUCCCCUUCUUUCUUCUUUCAGAAAAUUAGAUGACUACUGAGUUUACUGAAAUUUUUAGAUAGCUAUACUUUGUAGAAAGUAAGUGAAGAAUUAACUAAUAACAUUUGAUUAAUGUAAAAUACUAUUUUGCAACAUAUGUUGAUUUCAAAGUGGAAGUCUUAAUUUUAACUGAUGGUAUGUCUCUCUUAGAAUUUGUGGAAGUAUCAAUAAGAAAAUAUAAAAAGAAACCAAUUGGUUGGUUGUCUUGCGUCCCCAUGGCCCUACACACUGGUCCUAGUGGGACUGGGUCUUCUGUGAGCUUAGAAGUUGGGUCUGUAGGUAGACAGCAACAGAGCAUCAUGCAGGGGUUAUAUGUGGAGGCAGAUAUCUGACAUUCAUUAUUCCCUUUUCUCCAU